AGUAGCUGUCACUGUCAGCUGGCGUUCGCCGAAUUUUUUUGUUGACAAGUGAAUUGAAGUGGUUGGUGUUUCAGAUUUAUUUAGUUAAAAUUGGAAAUAUUUACUUGUGACUAAAUUGAAGAAUAAUCUUACAGAGUUUAUUUAUUUAUUUGUACCAUUAUACUGUUCAAUGCUUGCCAGGAUUGUGAACUCUUUGCCACUCGGCCUAUCUCAACAGAUAACGAAGCUCUAUUUUCAAGCUUUGGUCCGCAACCAACGUGAAGCUCACAGCGCUAUUGAGCAUCUCCAGUACAAAAACAUGGAUGUGAAAAUUCUGCCUGCCUUGCAAGACAACUACAUGUACCUCAUUGUGGAUAAGGCCACAAAAGAGGCUGCAAUCGUUGAUCCUGUGGACCCUGGUGCUGUAUUGAAGGCUGUGGAGGAACAGGGUGUGAAUUUGACAACUGUGUUGACUACUCAUCAUCAUUGGGACCAUGCAGGAGGCAAUUCUGACUUAGUGAAACAGCAUCCUGGUCUUCAAGUGUACGGUGGAGACGACCGCAUAGGUGCCUUAACCAAGAAGGUUCAACACAACACUCGGUUCAAUGUUGGGAACCUAAAUGUGCAGUGCCUGUUCACACCGUGCCAUACGUCAGGCCAUAUCUGCUACUUUGUAUCUGCUCCAGAAGAAGGAAAUGAUCCAGCAGUUUUUACAGGUGAUACACUGUUCCUGGCUGGAUGUGGCAGGUUCUUUGAGGGUACAGCUGAUCAGAUGCACCAGGCUCUGAUAAACAUACUCAGUGGACUCCCAGACCAGACCAAAGUGUUUUGUGGCCAUGAGUACACUUUACAAAACCUGAAGUUUGCAUCUCAUGUAGAACCUACCAAUGAGGAGAUAAAGAAAAAGAUGGAGUGGUCUAAGGACAUGAGAGAGAAAGGCAAACCUACAGUCCCAUCAACUAUUGCAGAGGAAAAGUUAUACAACCCAUUCAUGAGGGUAAAUCAAUCUUCAGUCAUGAAGUUUGCCAAAUCAAAUGAUGAGAUUGAAACCAUGAAAAUUAUUCGCCUCCACAAGGACAACUUCAAAGCUUGAAAAAUAUAUUAAGUACUAGCAGCCGCCCGCGACUUCGUACGCGUGGACCCCGUUUUACCCUUAGGGGUGAAGUUUCGAGGUUUUUAGGGUUUACCCGGAAAUUAUUCAAACUUUUCUCGCUGUAAAAACCAUCCUUGGACUUUAACAAACAUUUUAAAAAAAGAAUUGGUAAAAUUGGUCCAGGCGUUGUUGAGUUAUGCGCUUACCAACACAUUUUGCGAUUCAUUUUUAUAUUAUAGAUAUCAACAAUGGAAUCGUAGGCAUUUGAUUUGGGGCACAAUAUAUUUUUAUUUUAUUGUUGUGGAUUUUUGUUAUGAAAUAAAAGUUAAAAUUUUACAAGUACAUUUCUGUUUAUUGUUGUUAAACAACUCAAUUCAGUUCCUUACAUAAGCUGGAGUUUGUAUUAUUGAUACCUUUCAAGAUUAAAAUUUGUAGCAAGUUUACAAUGAGUUUCAAAAUACAAAGUUAUAGAUUUAUUGCUUUUCAAGCUUUUGCAAUUCCAAUUUACUAAAAUCUGUAUGAAUGAUGUACAAAAACUUGCCUUUAUAAUAAACUCAGAACCAGACAAAUUAGAGAUGCACCGAAUGUAGAUUAAACCGAAUACGAAUGUUCGGCCGAAUAUUCGGUUCAAAAUGUACCGAACCGAAUAUUCGGCCGAAUCAUUCGGUUCAAAUUUGAUUAAAACUUAAAUUACCAACUAAUGUUGACUCUUAAAGUUUCUAUAAAUUUGUUUUUUAAUUUCAUUUGUGAACGGAUGAUAUAAUUUGUUUAUUGUUGAUUUUAAAGAAUUUUAUUUGACUUACAUUGAAUUAAAACUACAAAUAGUUAUAACAAUUCCUAGUUCACCAUUCACUAGCAUACCUACAUUCCUAGAUAGAUAUUUAUUUAAAAAAACUUAUUUGAUUUUAUAAACAUAUUUGAAUACUUGUGUUGGUUCCUUAAGAUAGUAGUUAUUACAUUACAACUAUUCUAAAAAAAGUUUUCUGAAAAUAGUUGUUUGUUACUCAAAGCAGUUUUGGCAGUGUCCUUAAAUUUUUCAAUUUCAUAAAAAAUAAAUUUAUCUUUUUAUUUCACAAUAAAUAAUUGGUACAAGUAGUUUCUGGUUCAUUUUCAAAAACUAUAAAAUACUUUCGCUAUAAACCACACUUAUUUAGUAAUUAGUUAACCAAACUGUUUAAUUAAAUAUUAUUUUUUUAAUUGUUAACAAUACUUUUAAUAUUCGGUAAUUAUU